UUGGUAUUACUGAGUACUAUUUCGUUUACUGCUUGACACAUUACAGGUUUCCGCUAGACUUUAAGAAUCGUCGUCUUUCUCAUUUUGGAUGCGAUCGUCUAAUCAACGUGUAUCGUGGUUACAAUUUUUGUAAGUUUUCAGGUAAUUAUUCAUCAUGGUUAACGGACGUAUCCCGUCUGUUUAUAGUAAAACUUAUGUGACGCCUCGUCGUCCAUAUGAAAAAGCUAGAUUAGACCAAGAAUUGAAAAUAAUUGGGGAAUAUGGGCUACGUAACAAGCGUGAAGUGUGGCGUGUAAAAUACACUUUAGCUAAAAUUCGUAAAGCUGCUCGAGAACUUUUAACUCUUGAAGAAAAAGACCCCAAACGUCUUUUUGAAGGUAAUGCUUUAUUGCGUCGUCUAGUUCGAAUUGGAGUGUUGGACGAAAGUCGCAUGAAACUUGAUUACGUUUUGGGUUUAAAGAUUGAAGAUUUUUUGGAACGUAGAUUACAAACUCAAGUUUUCAAAUUGGGAUUAGCAAAGUCAAUUCAUCAUGCACGUGUUUUGAUUCGACAGAGACACAUUCGAGUUCGUAAACAAGUAGUCAAUGUUCCUUCAUUCAUUGUUCGUUUGGACUCCCAAAAACAUAUUGACUUCUCAUUGAAAUCGCCAUUCGGUGGUGGUCGUCCUGGGCGUGUUAAGAGGAAAAAUUUGAGAAAAGCUAAGAAUGCUAAAGAUGAUGGUAAUGCUGGAGAAGAAGAAGAAGAUUAAACUACAUGUUGAAUUUACAUAAUUUAAUUGUGUAUUGUGAAAUAUAACUGUAUUAAUCUUAUUAAC